GAGAUCCGUGGUAGCUACACCCUGGUGACUCCUAGACAAUGCGUUAUACGGUAUUCUGUUACGAAGUGUGUUGUCUGUAAACAUACCAGUCAUCUGUACAACUUAGGCCAGUCCCUGUUUGCAGAUCGACAUCAUUGGAUUGAGAAGGACGGGAAGUUAAAACUUAACAAGGAUGUCAGGGUCCGACAGAAAGAGAAAUUCUUAUCCGACCCCACCUCCUAAACCUCGAAGAACGUUUGCAUCAAAGAGAACUCUUGACCUGACAGGCGAAGAGUGUCAAACAUCAGACGAGUAUGAUACAUUAUGGCCUUCAAAUUGUGAGCCAGUUCUACAGAAGAUCACACAAAUGAAGGUAGAAGAACCAGACACGUCACACACAGGCGGGACGUGCCGUGGGGAUGACCAAAAACGUGGCAACAAAAAUAAGGAGGUGGGAUGCCUACGUCCUUCUGUGAGGGACAAAAUUUCUCAAUUUGAGAAUCAACGUUCCGACACAAAACCAAGAUUUACUCAAGCGCAAACAACGAGCAAAUUUAAAUCUGUCCUCUCAUCUGAUGAUGGUGAACGUGAGAUGAGUGUUAAACGACCCAUUCCAAAACCCAGAGUAUUUAAAACGAAGAGUAAUGAAACAGAAAAGAAAGACAUAAAAGAGGAUGUGUACACAGAGAUAGAUGACGAGAGAACUGACAUCAAGAGAGAGUAUCAAUACGUUGCUGCUAUUGAUGUAGGGACUGCUUAUUCGGGGUACGCCUUUUCAAGUCGUGAGCAUUUUGACAGAAAUCCGAUAGAUAUCAUCAGUCCAAACUGGAACGACGGCACGUUCCUGUCCCUGAAAACGUCCACCUGUGUGCUGUACAAUGCCCAUGGACAACUGGAUUCAUUUGGAUUUGAGGCAGACAACAAGUAUUACGAAAUGUCCAUGAACGACCCAGACGUACUGGAACACUGGUUAAAGUUCACACAUUUCAAAAUGAAAUUAUAUGAUGCAAAGGGACCCCUUGAACACAUGAUGCUUGAGGCUGACGAGGGAGGAUCUAUGCCAGCAUUGAUUAUAUUUUCUGACGUCAUCAGAUACCUGAAACGAAGCAUCAUUGAACACAUUCGACAAUUAAAAUCUGACGUCAUUGAUGAUGAUGUUCGUUGGGUGGUCACAGUGCCCGCAAUAUGGAACGAUGAGGCGAGAAAGUUCAUGAUCAAAGCUUCUGUUAAGGCUGGAAUACACGCAGAUGAUCUUUUUCUCUGCUUGGAACCGGAAGCUGCUGCAGUGAUGUGUAAAGAGUUAAAAGUUCAAAAUUAUAUUGACACAAAAUCUGACGGAGUGAUGGCAUUCAUGUUGGGGUCAAAAUUCGUCGUAGUUGAUCUCGGAGGUGGCACUGUGGAUAUCACGACCAAUGAAGUUGUGCCAAAUGGUAUGAUCCGGGAACUGAAGUGUUGCAGAGGAAGUGACUGUGGUGGAACAUAUGUGAAUAAACGUUUCCGAGAGUUUAUAGAAGGCAUUGUUCACAAAGAUUUCGAACUUUUGAACAAAACAUACCGGACUGAAAUGAACGACUUGUGGAGAAGCUUCGAAAUCAAGAAGAGGCAAGUUGAUCCUCAAAAAUCACAAUACGUCAUGCUUCAAAUACCAUCUAUCAUAGCCCAGAAAAUUAUACCCGAGAAAUUAAGUAAAUUUAGUAUAACUCUUGUGCGAGACAAACUCAAAUUUCCUAUGGAAAUUUUUCAAACUUUUUUUGCGUCCUCGGUAUCAAUCAUUCUCAGUUGCCUUCGCGAGGUAGUCACGGAUGACAUUAAUUCGAUAUUACUGGUGGGUGGCUAUGCAGGGUGUAAGGAAAUCCAAUGCAUUGUUAGGAAAACUUAUCCUAAACAGCGCUUGGUCUGUCCCCAUGAUCCUGAUUUAGUCGUUGUGAAAGGUGCAGUCAUCUUUGGACACAACCCGGCCGUCAUUUCAUCCAGGAUUAGUAAACUCUGGUAUGGUAUUCAGAUACAGCCAGAAUUUACUCCUAUAGAAACAUUAAAUGAAGGCAACUUCUAUCCUGUGAUUAAAAAGGGUCAACCAAUAAAAAUUGGAGAUAAAUUGCAGCAUAAAUUUUACAUCACGGACUCAUUUGAAGGCGAUGUUAUCAAUGUGAAACAAGUGAGUUUCUCUGGUGAUGAAAUGCCGGUAAAUGUUGAGGACGCAAGAGGUGUGGAAUCAGAGCACUCACUUCGUGUUCCAGUGCCUGUGUACCAAGGCAACAUGAAGAGGAUUCUGAGAAUUAUCGUGAAAUUCAAAGGAACGGAGCUAGAAUAUUCGUCUUUUGUAACCCUAAUACUCUGUCCAACAAAAAAUGUUAUUCAAGUUAAAUGACAUUGACAUAUUUCUAAACUGUUCUAUGAUGAAAAUAUUGACGUUGAAAUAUUUGAAUUAUAUAUGAAAGCCCAUUGAGCAUUCGAGAUUAAAAAUACCAGAUGAGAAUUUCGAGAUUUGGAAUUCGAAUUUCGAAAUCCAAUAUCGAAAUAUAGGUCUCAAUAUAUAUUUUGAAAGAGAAAACGUAUUCUAUGCGAACUCAUCAAAUGUAAAGGUCGCACUAGCAGUAUUUUUAUGUUUUGUUGAAACUGACCUAUGUUUUCUAAGCAGUUAAACAAUUAUUGUUAUGAUAAUCCCUGUGUGUAUUCUAAUAUUUGUUAUGUUAUUUGUAAUCAUUUUUUAAAAUUAUGCACGAUAUUUGUUUCUAGUAAAGAUACAAAUUGUAUUUUAUCGCAAUUUGUGUUUUGUAGCGACGGUUGGAUGAACGCUUUUAAAUUAAUAUCUUGCAUUCCUAGUCAAUUCAUUCGUUUCUGCAUUUAUCUUUAGGACUCGCAUGUUUCCGACAAUUCAAAUAAAUGAUAAGCUUUAACACUGGA